AUGAAUACUACCAGAAAAGCAUACCGUUAUUACUCGUCGGAAGUAUCAGAAAAACAGGCUGCCGCAAUUGAGAGAGAAAAAUUCGAGAAUGUUCCAGCCGAGUUGAUUAAAUUCAGCAUAAUAGCGCAUGUUGACCACGGUAAAAGCACGCUCGCUGAUCGCCUCUUAGAAAUCACUGGGACUUUGAAAGCAGAUCCCAGCAAUAAACAGGUGCUAGAUAGGUUACAAGUAGAAAAGGACAGAGGCAUAACUGUGAAAGCACAGUCUGUCUCUAUCUGGCACAAGUCAGGUGAUAAGGAGUAUUUGCUGAAUUUAAUCGACACACCAGGUCAUGUUGACUUUUCUAACGAGGUUUUUCGAUCCUUAUCAGCCUGCCAAGGUGUUCUAUUGUUGGUGGAUGCUAAUCAGGGUGUCCAGGCACAGACAGUAGCUAAUUUCUAUCUGGCGUUUGGCAAAGAUCUUGUCAUUAUUCCAGUCCUCAACAAGAUAGAUCUGAAGAAUGCAGAACCUGAAGUGGUAGCAAAUCAACUGGAAGCUUUAUUUGAUAUCAGUCCAAAUGAUGUACUCAAGAUAUCAGCGAAGACAGGAUUGGGAGUAGGUGAUCUAUUGGAGGCAAUUGUAACGCGUUUACCUUCCCCUCCCACGGACCGAGCAGCCCCGCUACGCGCGCUCAUUUACGAUAGCUGGUUCGACCGCUACAAGGGUGCCAUAGUGGUGGUGUACGUCCAAGAUGGCUGCGUCAAGGUGGGAGAUGAGAUAUGUUCGGCGCACACCAAGAUGGAAUAUACUGUAAAGGCUGUCGGUGUGCUGAGGCCUCACGAACAGGCCACUGGAAAACUAUCAGGUGGCCAGGUGGGUUUCAUCCAGUGCAACAUGCGAAACACAAAGGAGGCUCACAUCGGUGACACUCUGUAUUUGAAGUCACGCCCAGUUAGCAAUGUGGCCGAGCUGACUCCGGCUAAGCCAAUGGUGUUCGCCGGCGUAUUUCCCAUGGACCAAUCACAGCACCCGCUGCUCAGAACUGCCAUUGAUAAGUUGACGCUGAAUGAUCCUGCCGUCAGUGUAGUACAGGAUACUAGUCCGGCUCUAGGCCAGGGAUGGCGACUCGGAUUUCUGGGAUUGCUGCAUAUGGAAGUUUUCAACCAACGCUUGGAACAAGAGCAUAAUGCACAUGCCAUCAUCACGGCUCCCAGUGUCACAUAUAAAUUGAAAAUCAAAGGUAAAAAGAACCAAGAACGUCUGGGAGGUGAGGCUGUGUUCAUAUCGAAUCCAGCACAUUGGCCUGAUCAACAAAUAAUCGAGGAAAUGUCAGAACCAAUCGUAUUGGCCACCAUUAUAACACCAGACGAUUAUCUUGGUAGGAUAAUGAGCCUAUGCAACGAGCGGCGAGGGACGCAGCAGAGUGUGUCCAACAUUGACAACAAGCGAAUAAUGUUGCAAUUUGUUUUUCCACUCAAUGAGAUUAUUGUCAACUUCCACGACCGACUCAAGGCGCUGUCAUCUGGAUUUGCCAGCUUCGAUUAUGAGGACGCUGGUUAUAGUCCUACAAGUCUAGUCAAGAUGAGUAUACUCUUGAAUGGUACAGCCGUAGAUGAACUGUCGAUCAUUGUACAUUAUUCCAAGGUGGAACUAGAAGGCCGAGCUCUAUGUAAAAAACUACUGGAUAUCAUUCCAAGACAAAUGUUUCAGAUAGCAAUCCAAGCUUCAGUUAGUGGAAAGAUUAUCGCCAGGGAGAACCUUAAGGCCUACAGAAAAGAUGUCACUGCUAAAUUGUAUGGAGGAGAUACCACUCGCAGGACAAAGCUGCUGAAACAGCAAGCUGAAGGCAAGAAGAAAAUGAAGAUGAUUGCCAAUAUACAGAUUCCUAGAGAUACAUUUAUUGAAAUUCUGAAGAAAGAAUAAAUAUGUUGUUAUUGUUAGUAAAAAAA